AUGCAUUACGCGUUCAACUCAGAUGUUUACAACUUAAAGUACCUCUACGAAAGCGACGUGUUGGGACGUCUCUCCGCAGACGUGUACUCCUCCCUGACUGUGCGCGUCAACCCCCUGCUGCUCAAGGCGCUGCAGUUCGCGCUCCUGCGGGGGGGGGGUGGCAGCGGCAGCGGCAGUGGUGAACGUGUCGACCUGCUCGUGGGCGUCCUCCUAUUCCUAAUAGCGCAGCGCCUGGCGGAGUGGGGAGCCUACUUCCGCUAUGUCAACCAGGAUAGGAGUGGCGCGCGGCAGUUGCAAGACGAGCGCAGUUUGCAAAACAUGAGUGACGAGCGCAAUUUGCCGUAUGCGCUUCCCCUGCAGUGGAAGCUGAUCGACCCCAUUCUGCUGACCAACCUCUACCUGAACAACCCCCUCACCGUCCUGGCCAACAGCUUCCUCUCCUUAGACAACCUUAAGCUCCUCCUAAUAACCGCGUCUUUUUAUUUGGCCCUUAGAAGGAUCAGAAGCGAAGCCUCUCCCCCCCAUAAGUCAACACCCAACCUGAUAGCAAUCCUCCUUGUAAACGCCAUGCUGCUCUACGCCACAUCAUUUCACUUCAUCCUCAUCCUCAUCGGCGUUAAUAACUUCGUGGUGUAUUCCCACCAGGGGAUACUGUUCAAGCACAAGCUUAAGGUGCCUCUUGGCUCCCUGCACAUGCUUUUGAUUAUUCUUCAAAAUUUGGCUCUGCUCAUCGCGACGCUGGCUGUGUAUGCCCUCCUCCUGCUGGCCUCUGCCUACGUCAACUCGGGGUCUUGGUCCUUCCUAAACAACACCCUAAUUAACGAGUACAAGGUCCUCUUCCUGCUGCCCAACUUGGGGAAUUACUGGUACCUCUUCUCCACGAUGUUCCGGGACUACUACCACUCCUUUUUGUUCCUCUUCCACUUCCACGUGUUCCUGUACCCCCUCCCUCUGCUCUUCCGCCUGGUGAAGACGCCGCUGAUUUAUUUAAAAAUUAUGAUUUCGAUUGCUUUGGUUUUUCACCCCAACAUAACGGUGAACGACAUUGUGUUUUCUUUGAUAAUCAUCCUGCUGGGGAACUUGGGGCUUUUCUUUGUCACAACAAACUUGUGGUUGCGCAAAAACACGGGCAAUGCCAACUACGCCUUUUUUAACCAGCUGAUCGUUUUCAACAUAACGACUUUUAUCAUCACAAGCAGCAUAAAAUUUUACAUCCGCGUCCAAACGCCGGAGAGACAACUGCAGGAGGGGAAAUGCAUCGUCGUGUCGACGGAGAAAGCCAAGUUUAACCUUUUUCAAACUUUGAAGGAGACCUUCAUGUAGUUUUUCCACGGGGGAUGGCGGCCACGCGGAGGGGCAGCUACCGCAAGAUGAUUCCUUUUGAGCGGUCAUAUUUACUGACCCUCAUUCUGCACUGCCCUUUUUGCUCCCCCUUUUUUGAGUCCCCCUUGCAUGCUGCCCCCAACUUUGCCGCUUCAUUAGCCUCAAAUUUGUUUCCCCGCGUGAAGAAAUGGGAUAGCGGUUGGAAACUCCUCGCGGAAACUGCCUUACUUCUGCUUGGCAACUGGCUCUUUUCCACGCAAUUGUUUUCCAUGAAGUUAUUCUCCGCGUGGCUAUUUUCCACCGGUUUGCUCCCCCACGUGCUCAUACGAGUAGAUCAGAGCAGAACAGAACAACCAGUUUGAUCCCCCUUGCGGGCAUUCGCCCUUGUGGGGUGUUUUUUUUUUUUUUUUACGAAAUGUGCCCAAUUGUUAGCGCCCCCGAGUUAUUAACCAAUGGGGAGUUAAGUGCAACGUGGCCCUUGCAGGACGUGACGAAAGGGGUUGUUUCUCCCGCUGGGAAGUGCUGUCCUCGCUCGGGUGGCAAGUUGGUGAGAGGGGUGCCCGUACAAUAACAGGUGGGCGCAUUCGUUCGCGCGUGUUCAAACGAGCUGUUCCGCACCCCCGCGCAUGGUAAUAGCGAUGGUAAUAGCGAUGGUAAUAGCGAUGGUAAUAGCGAUGGUAAUAGCGAUGCGACUGCGAUAGUGAUGGUGGUGCCGGUGGUGACGCUUCCCUAUCGAAGCAACGCGAAGGCAACCCACCCUGACCGAUCGGGGACGAGUAACUUACUGGUUAUUUUCCACAUGGAAAGCAUCUGAAAGGGGUGGGGAAAAUAAUGUUUGCACCCG